AUGAUCACGUCCGACCCGCCGCUGCAGAACCUGGACCACAAGAUUGUCCUGACGAGAUCGUGGCGGACAAGCUUGGCCGAGGAAAUGGAGGUCGACGUGCCUGGCUUGGAGAUCGUGCCUCGAGUAUGGGCGGAUGCGAAGGGAGGGGAUCCCCAGCCGGGAGGCCGGGGCGCGGUUACACCGCCGCGUCUGAGUCCGGAGGCGGAGGAGGAGUUCCGAGAGGCGGUAAGGGUAACCCUGGCCCCCAGAGGAGACGCGGCCAGCAUGAUGAGCACGGGUGAGAUCGUGGCGAUCGUGGAAGACAAAUGCCUCAACGACCCCGUCCACAGGCACACUGAUCCCGAUGAUGACGUCGGAAACGGACCACCAGCCGCUCGCGCUCCAGAAGACCCCGCCGUGGGCGCCGGAAGCAUGGCGUCUCUUUGGCGGGAGAGCGGUCACUCGUACUCGUCCUGGGAGGCAGAGAGCACGAGGCAGGUGCUGGUGAGACUGGGCGGUCGACACGGACGGGUGUACAGCUACCCUGCUGAUAAGGUCUUCCGAGUGCAGGCGAACUUUUUCAGCGACGCGAACGCCGAGGCCAUGAAGGACGGGGGGCUGGGGGCCAGGUGUCCCUGGUUCGCCAAGGAAGCAAUGAUUAAACCCAGGGACAGCCUCGUAGCGUCCCCGGGGUAUGCUUUCGUGUCCGCUGACUACUCGCAGGUGGAAAUGCGACUGAUGGCCCAUCUCUCGGGCGACCCUGAUCUUCUGAAAGUCUUCGCCGACGGAGGGGACGUGUUUCGGACGAUUGCGGCGGCGCUGAAGGGAAGGGGCAAGAAGGCCGAGGACAUCACAGAAGAGGAGCGCCGUCAGACGAAGAUCGUCGUGUACGGAGUGCUGUACGGGCAGUCAGCGGACGCUCUCGUGCCGCAGCUGCGCCUGAGCCGUCCCGAGGCCUUCAAGAUCAGGCAGACGGUGCUCAAGACGUUCCCGAAAUUGACCGAGUUCCUCAAGAAGGUCAAGGAGGACUGCAAGGAGUGCGGGUACGUGGAGACCCUGUUGGGCCGUCGGCGGUACUUGCCCCAGAUCAAUUCGACAGACAAGGCGGAGAGGUCGAGAGCUGAGCGGCAGGCCGCAAACACCACCACGCAGGGAUCCGCGGCCGACUUGCUCAAGCUUGCCGCAACCAACGUUGCUGCCAGGCUUGAAAGGUGCGAGUGGAUGUCAAGGCCGGCGGGUAAGCCCAUCUGCACCCCGCCUCCCAACGCCGCCGCCGGUGGGACCUCGUCCUCCGCGCUUGCUUCUGGCACUGCUGAUGCCACUGUUCCCUGUCGGUUUCCGCGAGACGGUGGUCGAUCUCAGCUGGCGAGACGUCCGGCAUGCCGCCUGGUCCUGAGCAUCCACGACGAACUACUGUACGAGCUUCGUUCUUCAAUAACUCGUUACGGUGUGCAUAUGGUGACGUACUAG